GCACUACUUCCAUUUUCUUCCCAAACUCUAACUCUUCUUUUUUCUUCCUCUCCACCGCCAUGGAUCCUUACAAGUACCGUCCAUCAAGUGCGUACAACACCCCAUUCUGCACAACAAACUCCGGUGCACCAGUAUGGAACAACACCGCCGUAAUGUCCGUCGGAGAACGAGGCCCAAUCCUGUUAGAAGAUUACCAACUCAUCGAAAAAAUCGCCACCUUCACCCGCGAAAGAAUUCCUGAACGAGUGGUCCACGCUCGUGGUGCCAGCGCCAAAGGUUUCUUCGAAGUUACCCACGACGUCUCCGACUUAACCUGCGCCGACUUCCUCCGUGCCCCAGGCGUCCAAACCCCCGUCAUCGUCCGUUUCUCCACCGUCAUCCACGAACGCGGCAGCCCCGAAACCCUCCGUGACCCCCGUGGAUUCGCCGUCAAAUUCUACACCCGUGAAGGCAACUUUGAUAUAGUCGGCAACAACUUCCCGGUCUUCUUCGUUCGUGAUGCCAUGCAGUUCCCUGACGUAAUUCGUGCCUUUAAACCCAACCCAAAAUCCCACAUCCAAGAACCAUGGAGAAUUCUGGAUUUCUGCUCUUACCAUCCCGAAAGCCUUCUGUCUUUCGCUUGGUUUUACGACGACGUUGGCAUUCCAAUCAAUUACCGUCACAUGGAAGGGUUCGGCGUACAAGCAUAUUCCCUAAUCAACAAAUCCGGUAAGGCCCGUCUUGUGAAAUUCCACUGGAAACCAACUUGCGGGGUUAAAAGCAUGCUGGAAGAGGAGGCUAUUAGAAUUGGUGGGACGAAUCACAGUCACGCCACUCAGGAUUUGUACGAGUCGAUUGCGGCAGGGAAUUUUCCGGAGUGGAGGCUUUACAUACAGACUAUUGAUUAUGAUGAUCAGAAUAAUUUUGAUUUUGAGCCGUUGGAUACGACGAUAGAAUGGCCGGAGGAUGUGAUUCCGUUACAGCCGGUGGGGAGAUUGGUGUUGAACAAAAAUAUCGAUAAUUUCUUUGCGGAGAAUGAGAUGUUGGCUUUCUCUAUGUCGUUGGUGCCGGGGAUACAUUAUUCGGAUGAUAAGAUGUUGCAAGCGAGAAGCUUUGCGUAUGCGGAUACACAAAGGCAUAGACUUGGUCCUAACUAUCUUCAGUUGCCUGUUAAUGCUCCCAAAUGUCCUCACCAUAAUAAUCAUCAUGAGGGUUUUAUGAACUUUAUGCAUAGAGAUGAGGAGGUGAAUUACUUCCCCUCGAGAUAUGAUCCUUGUCGUCAUGCUGAGAAGUUCCCGAUGCCGCCCAAUGUGCUCAGCGGAAAAAGAGAAAGGUGUGUGAUUCCGAAAGAGAAUCAUAACUUCAAGCAAGCUGGAGACAGAUACCGAUCAUGGGCACCAGACAGACAAGAACGAUUCGUGAGACGUUUUGUGGAAGCGUUAUCGGACCCGCGUGUCACACACGAAGUUCGCAACAUAUGGAUCUCGUAUUGGAGUCAGGCUGACAGGUCAUUGGGCCAAAAAAUAGCAUCUCGUAUGAAUGUGAGGCCAAACAUCUAAGAAAGACCCAACAAUGUUUAUGGCCAACAUGUAUGUUGUUAAUAUUUGUAAGAAGAUCUAAGGGCAUGUCUACAAAACUAGAACUACUAUCUUAUGGAGGAGGAAGAACAUGAUGAUCAUCAUCGUGAAAUGCAUCUCUCUGUUAAACAAAACUAAAGUUCUUAUGUUUUUAAUUUGGUUGUUAAACUUUGCUGUUGUCUCUUGAAUGGGGCUGCCAAAUUGGAUGUGUUUUAUCAACUUUGGUUGCUUCUUAAAAAAUAAAUUUGGGUUAUUUAAUUUCUCCUUUUCUUUUCUCUCCUUUGGUGUUGGUGGGGAGAUGAUGAGAGAAAAGUUCUACCUGUAAUACCUUUUGCUUUCUACUUCCAUAUCAAAAACCAAUUUCGAUGUAUUAUAUUCUCCUUUGAGUUAUUGUAAUGAAUCGCAUUUUAGUCCA